GAUGGGAUUUGUUCCAUAUACCCUUACCGCUGGUAAAGCAGAACCAACUAGCAAUCAACUAUAAGUAUUCCUACCUGCUGCAUCAGGGUAUAUCAAAGAACUAGAAUAACAAAUGCUAGGAGUUUACCGGAUUCUGCGACGUGGCCAAAACCCUUCGAGGGCUGCAAUAUUUCAGCAAUUCCACGGGAAUGGAAUAUUUAACCAAAACAAGAUAUCAUCAGGUUUUGGUUGUGCCACAUCUUCUCCACACAUGCAGCAGAAAGGGUUAGAGAAUGUCACGGUGUCAGAGGUACUAAUGACAAAAGGGGAAGAAAAAAUAGGUUCAUGGCUUUGCUGCCAAGUUGAUGAUGCUGUUAUUAAUGCAAUGAAGAACAUGGCUGAAAAUAAUAUAGGAUCAUUGGUGGUACUAAAGCCAGAGAACCAGCAUAUAGCAGGCAUUGUCACAGAAAGAGAUUGCUUGAGAAAAAUAGUUGCACAAGGAAGAUCUCCCUCACACACACAAGUUGGUCAAAUAAUGACUGAUGAGAAAAACUUGAUAACUGUGACCUCUGACACCAACAUUCUUCAAGCAAUGAGACUCAUGACAGAAAAUCAUAUCCGGCAUGUUCCGGUUAUAGAUGGAAAAAUAGUUGGAAUGAUUUCCAUUGUAGAUGUGGUGCGAGCAAUCAUGGAACAGCAGAGUGGAGAAUUGAAGCGACUAAAUGACUACAUCAAAGGAGAAUACUAUUAGCAGAAUAAUUCAAGCAU